UUCAGCUCAACGUAUCGCACACAUAUUCGCGUCUAACAAACCUCAAACAACUCAAGCUUCAACCAUUACAAUGGCUUUCUUUAAAUCUUUGGUCUGCCUGGCUGUCCUGAGCGUCGCCUCCGCCGGUGUCCUGCACAGCGGUUCUGCUCUAUACGCUUCCGGUCCCGCUCUGGCUUAUGCUGGUCAUGGACACGGACAUGGACACCACGAUGAGGGUCUGGAUUACCAUGCGUAUCCCAAGUACCACUACAACUACGGCGUGGCCGAUUCCCACACCGGUGAUGUGAAGUCGCAGCAUGAGGUGCGCGAUGGCGAUGUUGUCAAGGGCUCCUACUCUCUGGUGGAGCCUGAUGGUUCGGUGCGCACCGUUGAGUACACCGCCGAUGACCACAAUGGCUUCAACGCAGUUGUCCACAAGAGCGCCCCCACUGUCCACCACGCUGCUCCCGUUGCGCACGUGGCUCAUGCUGCUCCCGAGUAUGUCGCCCAUGCUCCUUUGGUCGCUCAUGCUCCAGCAAUUGCCCACCAUGUGUCUGCUGCUCCAGCUGUGCCCUACGCCGGCUCUCUCGCGCAUCAUGCCGCUGCCGUGCCCGCCUACGGUUAUGCCACCCACAACGCUCACGCACAUGUGGCCCACUACUAAGGCGAUUGGACCCAAGCAACCCACUCACACACAUACACCCACGCCCACUCCCACUCUCUUUCAUAUUUAUUAAGCACGCGACGACACGUUGACGACCUCAGAACUGCGAUCUGGUAGCCGAAGGCGAAGCUGAAGCCUGCUCAAUACUCAAGCUCAAGUCAUCCAUUUUGUAAAUAUGCGCUCGGGUGCAGUUGCUCACACAGUCUCCAGACUCUCUCUGUAUCUGUAUUACUCUCAUUCCGAACUCGCUCUCGCCGUCUUUGUCUCAUACACACACACACACUCACAUGCAAACAGCUUUCGUGCAAUUCUCUUUGUAAUUUAAACAUUCAACUUCCUUCUUUGUACAUACUUACUUACCACGAACGUCCAUUAACAACGCCCAGCAACAAUCAUAAGAUGAAGAAGAAUGUCUAGACGAGGAGUGAAGCUGAAAAAUGUAAACACAUCAUACAGAAUGGAUAACGUUUAGGCAACGAUAUAAAUUUGGGAAUUUAUAUUUUGCGUAACAUGUCUCAUAAUUUCUGUUUAAUUUAAGUUAAAUGAAAACUGCGACAAAUGCUAUAA